GUGGGAGGGUUGUCACAUUAGUGGUGCGACAGAAGAUUGACUGACCCAGGUUCUGUCAGGGAUGGGCUGUGCUCAGGAGACUCUUCAUUCAGCAAUCAGCUGAAGAAGGGCAAUAAGAACGGGAAGGGCCUGAGUCAUUUCUCCAUGAAGGCGUGUGCGAAGGUGCAGAAGAAAGGCAACACUUCCUACAACGAGGUCGCCGACGAACUGGUGGCUGAGUUCACCCACUCCACCACCGUCAUGACCACAGACUCGCAAGUGUAUGACCAGAAGAACAUCCGUAGGCGCGUGUAUGUAUGAUCCGCUGGAGUGGCCUGCCCACCAACUCAGCCCAGGAGUGUCAAAACCUGGAGAAAAUCUCUUUCAAGAACCUAGUGCAGAGAAACAAAGCCAGUGAGGCUUCCUCCCUGGCCCUUCCCCCUUCCAGCUCUGUCAUUCAGCUCCCCUUCAUCUUCCUCAACACAGACGUACGCACCGUCAUCGACUGCUCCACCUCCAGCGACAAUCACUCUAGACUAGAGCUUCCACAUGGUCUGUGCAAGUCCCUACUGUCGAUGCGAAUUUCAACUUCAACAACACCUUUUGAGAUCCACGAUGACAUAGAAGCGCAUGGGGUUGUCCCUGGACCUGGAGAGUGGGAAGUGCACCGCAGACAAUCUCGUCCUGGCCAAGUCCCUCAUUCCCAGGUCCCUGGAGAUCUACAUCAUAGGCAUGGCCAGAGGCACCAGUCAAACAAGCUCUUUCCCAGAUGACCUGGUCUCUGCCUCUUUGAAUGGAAGGAGGAGUUACAGCCACAGUAGCGCCACCCUCUCUGAGUCUCGAGGCCAGAUGCCCAGCUCCUUCUGGAUGUGGCCAGAUAUACAGGAAAUAGGUUGCCAGUCAUUCAGGUCUAUGAUAUGAUAUUUUAGAAGCAUUUAUAUAUCUGUUUCUGUCUUAAUUUCUCCCUUGUAGUUAUUUUGGUCAAUGUCUUCAUGGCUGCUGCCCCUGUAUUUCCUGCAGCGGUGAAAAGGUUCCACAUUUUUCUGCCAAGAGGCGAUAUCUGCGUAAUCUCCCGGGAAAAAGUCUGUUGUUUUUAGAUGGAGUGCAAUGUUUUGUAGUCAUUUUCUACUCUACAUACGUGCUAGAGGAGUGUGGCUAUGCAUAAAAACACUCACCACAGACUCGUGACGGAAUAUUUUUCAGGAUUAUUGAAGAUGUCUUCUUAUUAAUUUCCCUCUUACAAUGAAACAUGUCAAACGUAUAUGAAUAGUGUGUGUGUUGAUGUAUGCUAGUGGUUUGACUUUCUGUUCCUCCUUUAACGCAAUGUUUGUCUAAUCAAUGGGAUCCCGUCCGAUCCUAUUCUAAGUUUGCAUUUUAAUUUAAGGUCUGUUUAGGUUAAUAGAAGGGGAUUUCUAGGCUUCUUUGAACCACCCCUAAACAUUCUGUAAAAUAUAUUUUUUUUUACUCUACUUAUGAUACUCCUUUACUAUUUUUUGCAGUUUAAUGUCAGCCAUUAGAUGCAACUGUGUGGAAAGAUGCCAGCAGUAACCUUUAACCCAUGUAUUAGCCCUACCUUGCCUAGAAACAAGGGUACAUGAGUACAUUUAGUUUAAUUUUAAGUGUGAACCAUUAUUAGUCUGUCUAUCAUCAAUGCCUUUUUUAAUAUAAUCAUUGUGCCGAUAUGUAAUGGCCUAUUCCGUUCAAUGCGUUGUACCCUCCUGAACACAACCUCUGUGUCAUCGUGACCUUUGGACACUUGAGCACGUUAGGCCCUCUGGACAUUGCACUUGGGGAAAUGUGUGUACUCUCUUUUAGAAUGUUCUGCUUUGUGGUUGCAGAUAUGACUGGGUCUGUAAAUAUACAUAAACAUAAUUUUGGCUAAAUUAAUAUUUUCAAGAAGAAUUUUCUCCAAGUUUAGGUAUUUAUCUCUUGGACACAACAUUUUCUUGUGUCAGUUUCUUUGUCCUGGUCCUGGGGACACAAAGGGGUGCACAUUUUUGUUUUACACACCUGAUUCCACUAAUCAUUGAUUUGAUGUUGAGUUGAUUAGUGGAAUUGGGUGUGAUGCUACUGCCUUAAAAAUGUUUGCAGCUUUUGGGUCCGCAGGACCAGGAUUGAGAAACACUGAUUUAGAAAAUGUCCAC